CCUCGGCUGCAUUAAAGCUGAAGCUGCAGCAGCUGCACACACAUCAAAGGCUCCCCUUCUUCUCCACACUGCGACUCCCACCGACGACAGGUACUCCUGGAUGGUGAAGCCAUUUUUUAAUCUUUGCUCACACGGCGGGAAAGGGCGUCCGCUCUACAUAACGGAACAUAACACGGACAUACCUCGAAUUCAGCCGUUCACGUGGAGAUGAUGCUCAGAGGAGAAAACGGCUCCGGAUCCUGCUAGUGUUCGUCCUGAGGCUGCAGUGAACGGAGGGGGGAUUGCGGUACAACAAGGUUAAUAAUCAGCAUCGAUAAAGGUCUUCUCUGUGAGCGGGAACCGACUUCGAAGGGUGAAUCUUGCCCCUGUGCGGGGGGAUCGGCGGAGAAAUAUAGAUCUAUAAAAAUUAUGGCAACCCUACUGCGGAAGAUCGGUCUGAUCCGCCUGCACGAUCGAGACACAGAGGACCCAAAGCACCAUCAAGGCUCGCUAAAGGGAUCGAAAGGGAACCAGAAAAAUAACGCCAACAAACACUGUCAGACCGCGAACGAAACCAACAUCCUGAGCACUCCGGAGAUCAAGGCGAGGAAGCUGGACCAGCACGGCAAGGACAAGCCGUCAGGCAAGGAUAAGCAGGGCAAGGAUGCGAAGGAGAAGCAGCAGACCGGAGGAGGUGGGAGUAAAGCGACCAGUGCCUCCUCGAUACCACCGCUGGCGCCUCAUCGGCAACACUGCACCCAGGUCCGGACACGGAGGCUGAUGAAGGAGCUACAGGAGAUCAGGAGGUUAGGGGACAACUUCAUCACGGUGGAGCUAGUAGAGGACAACCUGUUUGACUGGAACAUCAAACUGCACCAGGUGGACAAGGACUCGGCGCUGUGGCAGGACAUGAAGGAGACCAGCACCGAGUUCAUACUGCUCAACGUCACCUUUCCUGAUAAUUUCCCAUUCUCGCCGCCGUUCAUGCGCGUCCUGACGCCACGGUUGGAGAACGGCUACGUGCUGGACGGUGGGGCCAUAUGCAUGGAGCUGUUGACCCCCCGAGGAUGGUCCAGCGCCUACACAGUGGAGGCGGUCAUGAGGCAGUUUGCAGCAAGCCUUGUGAAAGGACAGGGGCGCAUAUGUAGGAAAUCAGGGAAGUCCAAGAAAGCCUUCAGCCGUAAAGAAGCUGAAGCAACCUUCAAGUCCCUGGUGAAGACCCACGAGAAGUACGGCUGGGUGUCCCCCCCUGUGUCCGAUGGCUGAGAGCUCAGCCAGCGACCCUCCGUCCCCUCCGCUAGCUGGACCAAACCCAACUAGCUCGACACGCAAAACGACACACCAUGCUAACCUAACAAUCCUCAUCGUCACCUUAUGCUGAUUCACUUCUUUAGGGUUUUGUUGGUUUGUUGUUUUUGUCCCCUUUUCUCCACCGAAAUGCUUUGAGAGGAGACCGCCUUCAUCGCCAUGACUGCCCGCCAAGAAGCAAUGACCCCACCCACUUUUCCAGCGAGGUUCUUUUUUGGGGAGAUGCAAGAGGGAAAUGUUUGUGCGUGUGCGUCUGUGUUUGUAUGUUUGUUGGUCCGUCAGACAUCAGCCGGGAGUGUUUGCACGUGCAAUGGAGUGUCCGUUACUGUCAGUGGAUUAUUUUUUCUUGUUUGUUUUUUUAAGCACGUGCAACGGGAACAUCGGACACCUUUUCAUCAUGUGAAAGACUACUGAAUGAAGAAGACUCAUCCUCCUCCUAUGACCUCUUCGUCCUUUACUUUCCCCCUCUGUAUCCUUGCCCCCGUCCUCCCUAAAGCACUGAAUUGGCGUCACUUCCCACCAUCUCUCUGUAGCUGUCGGUUCAUUUACAUAUAAAUGAAGCUGUUAAUGUUUAAUAGACGGGCAGCACUCCCAUUCACUCCUUCAUUUCCCCCUGAAUUUUUUUUUUUUUUUUCGACUGUGCCGUUGCUCACUAUUCAGUGCAACAUGAAGAUUGUAAUUUACAUGGAGCUGUGCUCUCUCCGUCUCUCUCUCUUUCUCUUUAUCACUUCCUUUAGCUUGCUCGUUCACUUUGUUUCUCUCUCUCUGUCUCUUGUGGCUAAAUUUAGAGCUCACUGUUGUGUAGAUGGAUAUUGAAUUCUAAUGGAGAAAUAAGAAGUCACAUGUUGCUUUAUGCAGAGACUCUGUAUGAUAAUAGAAUGACAGUCAGUCACCUCUCUUUCUCUCUCUACUCUCAUGUUAUCAUGUGUGUGCGUGUGUGAUUUUAGAGAGGAAGAAGACUGUAAUUCCCAUGAUUUAGAUACCAGAUGGUACAGCUGAAGGCCAGGCCUCAGUGUGUGUGUGUGUGUGUGUGUGUGUGCUUGAGUAAGGGAGACAACCCUUUAAACAAAGAAGAAUAUGAUUAACUGUGAAUGACUCUGAGACCUAAAGGGAGUGCUGUUUUUUGAUUUCUGUCCCUGUCUCGUCCUGUUAACUCCUAAUACUACUGCUGUAAACACAUGCGUGGUUGUGACUGAAUAUCUACAUGCAUUUAAAGAGUAAAGAGCUAAAGGUCAGUAGAAUAUACACUCAGAUGUUUAGCGGUGCUACAGACACAUGCACACUCACACACUGCAGCAGUAACACCUUGAAAUGAAGACAGACAGGGGAUGGAGUGGCGCUUUAAAUGAGCGAACGCUUCAGAGCACGCCUGAUUGAUGUCUGCCAGGAGAGCAGGGAAUUGUGGGAGCUUUGAUCACUGAUGCCUGCAUCUUGGAAAUGUCAGGUAGUGUGCAAAAUGGCCGAAGACAGACAUUGCUUGUCCAGCCUGCUGUGAUUACUUAAGAGACACACCAUUCCUAAGUUCCAACCUUUAAAAUGACUUAUAAAUAUCUAAGAUCAACUGUGCAGACAUCUCAAUCAAUCAGGCCCGCACCAAGCCCAGGCUAUCUGUCCGUCCGAACUCUUGGUGUUUGUUUUCCUAUCUGCCAGUUAAAUGUCAGAGCAAAAGCUGCUAAUUGGUCUGACAUUUCAACAGCGCGUCAUUAGAGAAGAGCAGCUGAGAGCAGAAGGAUGGAGGAUAUCAGCCUCCCGCGUGGUACUGACAUUUCCCCACUCUUCACUCUUACCCUGCUUUUUAAAAGGAGGGUUAUAGAGGCCGGCUCCACGAGGUGAAGAGAGGCUGAGAUGGGAGCAGCUCCAUGUCAGUCAGGUCUUAGCGGGCCAGAUUCAGAAUCCGGGAACUGGAUGUUGACACCUCUGCACUGAGGCAGAGCCUCGAAGCCAGCAUGCCAUGCUCUCCCCUCGUGUUGCGUCUGUGUGCGAGUGCAUGUGUGAGCAAAUAUGUGUUACACUCCCAUCAUGAAAAAAAAUAGGCAAAAAGAAAAACAACAAUACACCAUCUGGUAUGUGAUCAUGUACGAAAGCGUGUUAGUUCUCUUUAAAUUUGGCUAGUUAUUUCAGGGUGGAUCGUAUAGUGAUCUCUUGGCUUUCAGCAGAGAAAACUGAAUUACUAUUAAGACAAAAUAUCUCAAAGCUGAGUGUUUGCUGGUUUCAAGAGAAUAAUUUUGUGAUAUAGUUUAGAUUGGUAGUUUACAGACACUAACUGGGUGAACUGAUUAUGUUGUAAUAUAUCUGCAUGUGAUAUGUGAUUGGUAGCUAGCUACUGUAUAUCUUUUUACAAGAAAAGCAAGAAAAAUAUGGGGAAAACAAAAAUGCAAAUGCUUCUCUUUUCUCGGUCUUUUUCUUUUUUUGGGAUCUGUAUUGUAUGUAUAUUUUUUCUUUUUAAGCGUCCUAAAAAUGUCACAUUGUGUUAUAUGAAUGUUUGUAUUUUAAUUUAUUUGUGGUUUGCCAAAAUGAAGAUUUGAAGCAUGUUGCAGGUAUUGUUAAAAGAAAAUGAGAAGAAAAAAAGAUGAUUAAGAAUUACAGCCUAUGUCUUUGUGCCAGGUGGGAACACGUGUUUAUUUGGGGGAAUUUCAGGGAGUAAAAAUGGACAGAAGGUUGCAAAGCCUCAAGAUUAUAAAGGGAGUUUUUCUUUCACUGGGAGAUCAUCGAAAUGGAUUUUAAAAAUCCUGUGCUCCCUUGAAAACUUCCUAGUCCCCAAAGUGAUGUCACUGCUGCCCCUUACCCGCUGGUCCUGCUCUAGAUGCUGAAUUGGCUUAUGGGUAACGCCGUCAACACGGAGAUCUGGGCUGACUUCCCCCAGUCACAGAUUGAGGAUCAGUUUGACCUCCCUAUGCUUCAAAUCUCACUUGUAAAGGGAAUGUGCACAUCUGACCUGUGAUCAGUUACUCUGGGCAACUUCAUUCCACUCCUGACUUGAGUGUUUGGUCAAGACCGAGCUCUUAAAAGGUUCAAAGGUGAAAGGUCAUUGCAAGACCAAACAGGAAUGUGCAAUAAAAGUUUCAGCUUAUUCAAA